UCUUGUUACAAAGAGGUGUUCCGAAGGUAUGGAAAUUUUUCCGGUGAUAUCCCGGAAGGAAAAUUUGUACUUGGGUUAUAGGAAUAGGGUCAAUCUCAUUAAAAUGGGCAUCUCUGUUCGAGAGGGGGUAACGUUUAAUUUCAUUCUGUGGGGCAAUUUUCAAUUCUUUGAAAAAUCGUUGCGGGAUGGAAAUACGGUGUCGGGAAUUAUCCUUAACUAUUAACUCACGGGAUUUCGACAAAUUCUUUCGUUUUUUACGGGGCUUUCUUAGCAAUUUCUUCACACAAUUACUAUUGUUGUUUAUUAUUUUCUUCUCUUUUAAUAUUUCUUCUGAUGAGUUAAUAAAGGUAGUUUCUGAUGAAUAAAUAAUUUGCGAAUAGGUAGACAUUUGUAGAUUAUUAAGAUGACUAAGGGGUGGAUUAUGGGAUAAAUCUGGAACGGGGUCAUCGGGAAAAUCAAGGGAAACUUCUUCAGAGUGAAUAUCGGUUUUAACUUCAUUAAUUUCGUUUGUAAUCUCUGGCAAGGGUGUAAAUUCUUCACAAGUAAAUUCUUUUAAAUUAUUAGGGGUAUUUUUAAUAUUACAGAUUUCUUCAAACGGAGAAAAGCCAGGAGGGGGGCUAAUGGGUCUUUUAUUAAUACUUUCAUUUGAUGGUCUAUUCAAAAUUUGGGGAACGCAAACAUUAUCAAAUUUAUCCUUUUCAUUUACAAUCUGGGUAUUUAACAUA